AGAAGGUGUGCGCAGGCGCGGCCACGGGCGCAUGCGCGCUCACUCUUGCGCGCCGUGCUGACGGGGGCGGGGAUACGCCGUGUGCGCGGCCGCGGGCGGAGCGGAGGAGGAGGAGGAGGAGAGGAGGAGGGGGUGGUGGCAGGUCUGCGGGGUAGGAUCCCGCUGUAGGCUCUGGUAAGCUACGCGCCGCGCAGUGCUGAUUUCCCGCACGCUGCGGAGCCAUGGAGAUCGGCACCGAGAUCAGCCGCAAGAUCCGGAGUGCCAUUAAGGGGAAAUUGCAAGAAUUAGGAGCUUAUGUUGAUGAAGAACUUCCUGAUUACAUUAUGGUGAUGGUGGCCAACAAGAAAAGUCAGGACCAAAUGACAGAGGAUCUAUCCCUGUUUCUAGGGAACAACACAAUUCGAUUCACCGUAUGGCUUCAUGGUGUAUUAGAUAAACUUCGCUCUGUUACAACUGAACCUUCUAGUCUCAAGUCUUCUGAUACCAACAUCUUUGAUAGUAACGUGUCUUCAAACAAGAGCAGUUUCGGUCGGGGAGAUGAGAGGAGGCAUGAGGCUGCAGUGCCACCGCUUGCCAUUCCCAGCACUAGACCUGAAAAAAGAGAUUCCAGAGUUUCUACAAGUUCACAGGAGUCAAAAACCACUAAUAUCAGGCAGACUUAUGAUGAUGGAGCUGCAACCCGACUAAUGUCAACAGUAAAACCUUUGAGGGAGCCAGCACCCUCUGAAGAUGUGAUUGAUAUUAAGCCAGAACCAGAUGAUCUCAUUGACGAAGACCUGAACUUUGUGCAGGAGAACCCUUUAUCUCAGAAAAAACCUACAGUGACACUUACGUAUGGUUCUUCUCGCCCUUCUAUUGAAAUUUAUCGACCACCUGCAAGUAGAAAUGCAGAUAGUAGUGUUCAUUUAAACAGGUUGCAAUUUCAACAGCAGCAAAAUAGUAUGCAUGCUGCCAAGCAGCUUGAUAUACAGAAUAGUUGGGUAUAUGAAACAGGACGUUUGUGUGAACCAGAAGUGCUUAACAGCUUAGAAGAAACGUAUAGUCCGUUCUUUAGAAACAACUCGGAGAAAAUGAGUAUGGAGGAUGAAAACUUUCGGAAGAGAAAGUUGCCUGUGGUAAGUUCAGUUGUUAAAGUAAAAAAAUUCAAUCAUGAUGGAGAAGAGGAGGAAGAAGAUGAUGAUUAUGGGUCUCGAACAGGGAGCAUCUCCAGCAGUGUGUCUGUGCCAGCAAAGCCUGAAAGGAGACCUUCUCUUCCACCUUCUAAACAAGCUAACAAGAAUCUCAUUUUGAAGGCUAUAUCUGAAGCUCAAGAAUCUGUAACAAAAACAACUAACUAUUCCACAGUCCCACAGAAACAGACACUUCCAGUUGCUCCUAGAACUCGAACUUCUCAAGAAGAAUUGCUAGCAGAAGUGGUCCAGGGACAAAGUAGGACCCCAAGAAUAAGUCCCCCCAUUAAAGAAGAGGAAACAAAAGGAGAUUCCAUAGAAAAAAAUCAAGGAACUCAACAGAGGCAAUUAUUAUCCCGACUACAAAUUGACCCAGUAAUGGCAGAAACUCUGCAGAUCAGUCAAGAUUACUAUGACAUGGAAUCCAUGGUCCAUGCAGACACAAGAUCAUUUAUUCUGAAGAAGCCAAAGCUGUCUGAGGAAAUAGUAGUGGCACCAAACCAAGAGUCGGGGAUGAAGACUGCAGAUUCCCUUCGGGUACUUUCAGGACACCUUAUGCAGACACGAGAUCUUGUACAACCAGAUAAACCUGCAAGUCCCAAGUUUAUAGUGACGCUGGAUGGUGUCCCCAGCCCCCCAGGAUACAUGUCAGAUCAAGAGGAGGACAUGUGCUUUGAAGGAAUGAAACCCGUAAACCAAACUGCAGCCUCAAACAAGGGACUCAGAGGUCUCCUCCACCCACAGCAGUUGCACUUGCUGAGCAGGCAGCUUGAGGACCCAAAUGGUAGCUUUUCCAACGCUGAGAUGAGUGAACUGAGUGUGCCACAGAAACCAGAAAAACUUUUGGAGCGCUGCAAGUACUGGCCUGCUUGUAAAAAUGGGGAUGAGUGUGCCUACCAUCACCCCAUCUCACCCUGCAAAGCCUUCCCCAAUUGUAAAUUUGCUGAAAAAUGUUUGUUUGUCCACCCAAAUUGUAAAUAUGACGCAAAGUGUACGAAACCAGAUUGUCCUUUCACUCAUGUGAGUAGAAGAAUUCCAGUACUGUCUCCAAAACCAGUCGCAUCGCCAGCACCACCUUCCAGUAGUCAGCUCUGCCGCUACUUCCCAGCUUGUAAGAAGAUGGAAUGUCCCUUCUAUCAUCCAAAACACUGUAGGUUUAAUACUCAGUGUACGAGACCAGACUGUACAUUCUACCAUCCCACCAUUAAUGUACCACCACGACAUGCCUUGAAAUGGAUUCGACCUCAAACCAGCGAAUAACAGUCAAUCGUACCUGGCAGAAGAUCAUGCAGUUUGGAAGUUUCCAUCUACUGAUGAAUACUCUACAGAACUUGUCUUGGAAGUUUCCAUCUACUGAUGAAUACUCUACAGAACUUGUCAAAUCUUUGAAACUUGGAAUAUAUUGCUUUCAUAAUAUGAAGUUUAUUGCCUAUCCGAAUUGUCUAAUUUUUCAAGUUUGUAAGUUUAUUAAGUGGUUUUAACAUUGGGUGUUUUUGUUUUGUUUUUACUAUGCAAAGACAGCUUAAAGAAGAGCUACGUUCUGUUAAAAUAUUUGGGGCAUGUUUGUGUACUGCUGUUGUGAGGAUCAGCAUAUGAAAUUGACGUCAUGGUUAGUGAUGGUGCUGCAGCUUACGGGGUACACGGUUGCUGUGUGAGUGGAGAGAUGCCAUGAGGCAGGUGUCGUCAUUCUGAAAACUGAACUGCUUUUACUUUUCCCAAAGAUUAUAUAAUGUUCAUAAUCCACCAUGAAAACAGGAUUGGCCAAAGGUAUGGAGGUUGCUUAAAAUACUCAAUUCUGCUUUUUAAUUUUUAAGUGAAUUGAGUUUGAAAAGCAUGGUAAUGUCGGCCUCCCAGGCUCAGUGCUACUUUGGUCAAGUUGCCAGUUUCCUUGCCUUUUGUGACAGGAUGAACGAGGUGGGGAUGGACAGUGAAGGCAGCUGGAAUGGCAAGUGCAGAAAGCAGGAACAGUUCUACACAUUUACUAAUAGCAUAAUACCUUCUAAUAAAUUUUUUGGGAAACUACAUUAUCACAAAAUUAUACAAAUUUUUUUUUACAAGUAUUUACAUAAGGUAUCUGAAAACAGACUUUAAAGUCACAAGAUUAUAAAUGUACAUAUAUAUUCUCACAUUCUGAAAAAUAACAUUCUCAGAAAUAGCUCCACAGAAAAUAUACUUAGUUACUACUGAAGAUAAUUUUUGAAAUGUAAAAAUUAGAUUGAAAUAGUAUAUUUUAAAUCACAAAACUAUAAUUACAGAGAUCAGAUAGGUAAACUGCAAAAUAGGAUGAAACUUUUGGCCUACUGUGUUAGAGUUUUGUGUGUGUGUGUGUGUGUGUGGUUUUUAAAACUGUUAAGGCAAGAAGUGUCAAAUACUUUAGAAUUAAAUAACAAACAGAUCACUGAUUUCAAGGACUUGAUGUAUAGUAGUGUUAAAAAUUAAAGCUUAAAUAAGGUGGUUAGAAAAGUAGAUUAAUGCAAAAGGGAUAAUAAAGACUGCAACAUUCUCAGGACCAAAUUAAACUGCUAAAAAGUUCAUUGACUUGCUUAGUCAUAUACCCAAAUGAUGAUAAACCUACAUGUGCAAAGGCUCAUGUUUUAAGAUUGUCAAGCCAGCAGUCUACUGUUGUGCUGCCAUUGCUUUUCCAUUGGGAGAAGAAAGAAUUAACCAGUCAUUAAACCAUUUGGUAAGCUGCACUUUGCUGUGCUGAUCCCACAGGAAAAAGGCUUGAAACACGAGAAGCAGCAAAGACAGAGCACACAGAGCAUAAGGCUGUUGUCUUCAGCUUGGGUGAAAUGACAGUUCCUUUUCAUUCUAAAAGCUUACUCCAUUGAAUUUAAGGCAUUUGUUCAUUCCAGCAUUACUUGAGAUGCUUUGCAUCUCUGCAGAAGAAAUUUAAAUUGUUUAAAUUUCUGGAAAUACUUUUAGCUAUCAUUUAUAAACGGUAAAUAGUUUCAUUCUCACUUUCACUAUAAAGAGCAAAUGGGAAACAAGGGCUUAAUUUAGUUCAGCCAUUUUACAAGUAAAUAAAAUACUAAAAUCUGAUUGGUUUUUGCUAUUUAAUAGACUCUGCCCAGACACACAUUUAAGAGUUUAAGUUUUCAGUUACUAUGGCUUAAGAACAAGCUAAGGUUGAUUCUAAAGCAUUUGUUGGAUGACUUAGUCUAAAAUGAUCACCACAAAAAGGGAUCACAAAAAAGGAUGGAAACAAGCAUGGUUGGCCAUGUGAAACCAGAGUGCACAGUGUGCUUUGGCAUGCAUUUUACACAGAAAAUGAACGCAACGAAAGGUGCCAGAAGUCCCAGGUUACACAAUCGGGAGCUUAGAUACUGCACACAAAAAUAAUUCUCUGGGUUAAAAAAGUAAACAUAGGGCAGAUUCUAUAUGGCCUAUCAUGUUUCUUCACCUUCCCCUCAUUGCUGGCUGAUACAGUGUGGUCAGGGAAUGACUACUUCGUCAAUAUGAUCUUUAGUUGUGAAACUGACAGCAGCAAUGAUUGAGACUGACUUAUCAGGUUGGCCACUUUGAAGGACAAAAAUGCAUUGGAAACAGUUUUAUUCUAUGCAGUUUACAUGCGUAAGGUUACAGAGUUUCUACCUGCCCUGUAAUGGAAAUAUAAUUUCUCUGUAGCCAAAAGCUGGCAAACUUCAAAUUGAAAACUGCGACAGGCUCAAAUGUAUUUUUGUUAUGGAUGGGUUGUUCAGGGAUUUUUUCCUCCCUUUAUUGACUUACUAUAAAUACAUGAGUAGAAACUUAAUAAUCGUGUAUUCCAAAAUUUGGCUUAAUUUAGGAGAAUCUAUUGAAUGAAUACCAACUUACAUUUCAAGCUGCUUAGACCCAUAAUCAGUCCUUCAGCCACAGCAAUUUAGAGCUUUAAAACUACGAGGUUCAAUCACUGGUUAUGCUUUCUGUGAUGUAAUUUAGUAAUUUCUGUUUUUAGUAUUAACCAAGUAUUAGAUACAGAAAAUAGAUAUUAAGAGUCUUCAUAUAUCCUGUCCAACCAAAUGGGAUUCUAGAAACCUGAAGGGAUCUAUUAUGCUAUAAAGACAAUUAAUUAACACAUUAAAAUGAAAACUCAUAGGACCCAUACAGCAUCUUAAACUUUACACUUAGAAAAAUAUAUUUUUAAAUAGCACUCUACAUAAUUUUCAGUCUUCAGGAAACUACAGAUAGGCUAGACAGCGAAUUCCUGAAUGGUGAGUACUGAUCUUUGGCAGCAUUUAAAGUGAAAAGAAAAAAGGAUCUAAGAAUUCAGCCCUAGUCCACUAAAAAAGGAAUUCUAAUGGACAAGUUUUACAAAUAGAGUUGGGUUCAUUCAUUUUGGAAAUAAGCCUAUGGAGUGGCACACAUCUAGCUGAACACAUUUUCUCAAUAGAAAAAAAGCUAAAAAAUUUUAUUCCAAGAGUGA